GUUCCACUAGACUGGUGCGGCUCCCUCUCGCCUCGCUAACCCUGAGGGUUCCAACAUCAGGCCUAAGUCUCAACGUCUCUGGAACAAAGUGGCUUUGUGUGGCAAGAAGGAGGGAACCCUGGGGUAGGAGUCCCACCUGGAAGAACAGCCUAUCUGACAGGAGCUGCUCUGACCAGAGCUUUGGACCAGAUGCAGGAGAACCCAGAAAGAAGCGGGUCCUGAUUUACUCCCCCCAGAAGCAAUUCUUAGGCACCUUGUCCAGAGAGAGCCAGACUUGGUGAUGUCGCCAUAUCCAGAAGCCAUCACACUCUGUGUGACAGUGGGAACGUUGGACUAGCUUGCAGAAGGUUAUCUUUCACAGUUCUCUACACUCUCCCAAGAACAGCAGAAAAUGAACAUACCUCAAGCAUCAGUGUCAUUCAAGGAUGUGACUGUGGAGUUCACCCAGGAGGAGUGGCAGCAAAUGGGUCCUCUUCAAAGGACCCUGUACAGAGAUGUGAUGCUGGAGAACUACAAUAACCUAGUCUCAGUGGGAAAUUGCAUUUUUAAACCAGAGGUCAUCUUCAAGUUGGAACAAGGAGAAGAACCUUGGUUCUUAGAGGAAGAAUUCUCAAACCAGAGUCACCAUGAAUAUUACAGAGAUGAUUACCUGAUCAAGAGGAAAAAAAUCAAACACUUUCAGCAAGUAACAUUGAUCAAUAAUAAACCUUUGACUGGAGAGGAGGAGGAAGUUUUGGGAAAACCAGUUAAUCUAACUCAUACUGGAGAGAAAUUUUAUGAAUAUAACAAAAAUGGGAAAGCCUUCAGUUACAAGGACAAUCUUCCUGAGCAUCAAAAUUGCCAAACUUUCAAGCAAGCUUUUGAAUGCACUAAAACUGAAAAACUUUAUGAUGAUGGUGCCUGUGUUACAGAUGAAAUUACUCACACAGGAGAAAAAUCCUGUAAAGAUGAUGAAUUUAGGAAAAACUGUGAUAUGAUGAGUCUCUUUGACCAAGAAAUAACUGCGAUGGGAGAGAAACACUCUAAUCUUAAGCAGUGUGGGAAAUCCUUCUCUGAGAAGUCACCUGUCAAGGAAUACAAUACAUUUAAUAUCACUGUGAAACACUAUGGAUGUAAUGCCAGUAGGAAUAACUUCAACAGGAGGUCUCAUCUCACUGAGCCUCAGAGAAUUGUUACAGAAGAGAAUGCAUUGGUAUGUAAUGACAAAACACAAACUGGGGAUAAAACCUUUGAAUAUCAUGAAAAUAGGAAAUUAGCCCACAGAGUACACCAGAGAACUCACUCUCAGAUAAAACCCUAUAAAUGCGAUGAAUGUGAGAAAUCCUUCUGCCAAAAAGGACAUCUCAUUCAACAUCAGAGAACCCACACAGGAGAGAAACCCUUUGAAUGUAAUGAAUGUGGAAAAACUUUCUCCCAGAAGUCACAUCUCAGCACGCAUCAGAGAAUUCACUCAGCAGAGAAACCCUAUAAAUGUAAAGAAUGUGGGAAAACAUUUGUGCAGAAAUCAACUCUCAGGGGACAUCAGAGAAUCCAUACAGGAGAGAAGCCCUAUGAAUGUAGUGAGUGUGGGAAAACUUUCGUUCAAAAGUCAACCCUCAGAGACCAUCAUAGAAUUCACACAGGGGAGAAAUCAUUUCAGUGUAAUGAAUGUGGGAAAACUUUUGGCCAGAAAUCAAACCUCAGAAUACAUCAGAGAACUCAUGGUGGUGAGAAAACUUAUCAAUGUAAUGAAUGUGAAAAAUCCUUCUGGCGAAAAGACCAUCUCAUCCAACAUCAGAAAAUACACACAGGAGAAAAGCCAUUUAAAUGUAAUGAAUGUGAGAAAACUUUUGCCAGGACAUCAACUCUCAGAGUUCAUCAGAGAGUUCACACUGGGGAGAAACCAUUUAAAUGUAAUGAAUGUGGGAAAAAAUUUGUCAGGAAGGCAAUCCUUAGUGAUCAUCAGAGAAUUCAUACAGGGGAGAAACCCUUUAUAUGUAAUAAGUGUGGGAAAACUUUUGGCCAGAAAUCAAACCUCAGAGUACAUCAGAGAACUCACAGUGGGGAGCAAUCUUAUGAAUGUAAUGAACAUGGAAAAUUGUGUAAGAAGUCAACCCUAAAUGUAUGGCAGAGAAUUCAGAGAGAGAGAAAACCCUAUUGAUACAAUAACUGUGAAAAAUCCUGGCUAAAAGACCAACCCAUUUGACCUCAGAAAAUUCUAACAGGAGAAAAA